CACCAGGUUCGUCUAACAAACAAUUUUUCUCACAAAAUCAGGAACUGCGAAUUUGGUAUCUCGAUAUUAAUGCAGAAGAAAAUAUAUCUUGAAGACCUUAGCAUGGAACAGAAAAAUGUGAAUUCUAUAUGGAGACCAGUUGCCACUAAGGCCAGUGCUUGUGAAGAUCGAGGCACAGUUCAGGAAACGGGCGGCAGCACAUCUACCACUGUUUCAAAUGAUCAUGUCAUGAAGGUAGCUACUGAUGCAAUAGCUAAAUCAGCUACUAGUUCAAGCCAAUUGCAGGAUAAUGUUGAAAACAGAGUGCUUCGAGGAGAUUCUUCUGUCUCCUCUGAAAAGCAUUCAAUUUCUGUGCAGGUUGGUGCUUCUCUAUUUCGUUUUAUUAAAGGACCAUGGUAAAACCUACAUUUUAAUUUCUCUUUGGCAUAAUGGCAUUAAUAAUAACAUUUCUUAACCAACUUGAAGUAGAUAAAUAUCAGAUAAGGAGAGGCUCAAUAUGACAUUGAUAGAAACUGUCUGGGAUGGAAUAUGAAAAAUGUAAACUUUAAUUGCAAUAACAGGCUCCUCCAAUGUGAAGUAGAAAGAAUUACAAGUCAAGAACGUAAAAGCUUCUCAGAUUAUGGAAUAGUCCUACCCUCUCAAGAUUGUGUAAAUCUUGCGUCUCUAUUUUAUAAAAUUGCUCAAUACCCCUCUCUGAUUCCCUCUACCUUUAUUUAUAUACAGAAUAUAACCCCUUUGACCCUCCUUUUCUCCCUAUUAUAAUGAUUUCUAAUUAUAGGUAUAAAAAACAUAGGUGAAAGUGCUAAAGAAAAAUAUUUUUAUGAUUUUGAAGGGACAGAGGAAAAUAUGCUUCGAUAAAAUAGGCUGAAAAG